AUGAAGACGGUCCGCUGCCUCCUGCUCCUCCUGCUCCUCCUCAGCGGCUCCUUCAGCGGCUCCUCCGCCGCGCAGAGGGACCCUAAACUCCGCCUGCUGCUGCACAGGACCCCCCUGCUGGGCUCCAAACAGGAGACAUCAGAUGCUUCUCUGGCUCAGCUGCUCCUCUCAGACCUCCUGCAGGUGGAGAACGAGGCGGUGGAGGAUGGGCCGUCUCGGUCCGAACCAGAACCUGAAGAUGUCCACAUGGACCUGGAACGAGCCGCUGCUGCCGCCGCCGCCGGACCGCUGCUGUCACCCCGGGAGAGGAAAGCCGGCUGCAAGAACUUCUUCUGGAAAACCUUCACGUCCUGCUGAGCAGACGCUCCGCACCACCACAGCACUGUACAGACACUGUAUUGAUCAGUUUAUUGAUUAGUUUGAUGCUUUGAUCAGAUUUUUCUGAAUGUAAACCAACUCUUUUU